CGCGCGGGGCCUGGCGGGGGCCGAGCGGAAGUGACGCGGGGCCGGCGAGCUCCGGGGCGGGAUGCCUGUGGAGAGCAAGAUGGCGGACAAGGAGAAGAAGAAGAAGGAGAGCAUCUUGGAUCUUUCCAAAUACAUCGACAAAACCAUCCGUGUGAAGUUCCAGGGCGGCCGGGAAGCCAGUGGUGUCUUGAAAGGUUUUGACCCACUACUAAACCUUGUGCUGGAUGGUACCAUUGAGUAUAUGAGAGAUCCAGAUGAUCAAUAUAAGCUCACAGAGGACACCCGCCAGCUGGGGCUGGUGGUCUGCAGAGGGACCUCUGUGGUCCUCAUUUGCCCCCAGGAUGGGAUGGAAGCCAUCCCGAAUCCCUUCAUUCAGCAGCAAGACGGGUAGCCCUUUCCCCCACAUCUCAGGAGGACUUUGGAAGACCAACGUCGCCCCAGGAGAAUUAUUUUUUUACACUCGUUUUAUACAGGAGAAGGACCUUGGGGCUUCUGUGUGUUUUCACUUUGUGGUUUGGCUCUGUGCACUGCGAGGGGAUGUGUGCCGUGCAGCUGGGAGAUGUUCCCGGUCCAUUUCAGAACUCUGACCCCCAAGUCUUGAGCCAGUGAAAUAGCACGAGAACUUCCAGGAAAGCAUUGCAUAGGUGGAGAUCCGUGAAAGCCCUCGUUCCUUUCUCCUCCUCGCAGAUCAGCUUGCUGUGGUCUCCCCGGGGCGUCAUUUUUUCCUGUUGACGGUAUCUGCAUUCCUUUCUCGGGGCGGGGGUGUGGGCUGGGAGCACAGAAGAGCAGAGUCUUGUCGUCUUCCUUCAUGGGCUACACAAAGUGUCAGGAAUGUGAAUGAAGCUUGUGCAGAACUUCUCCGUUCCCAGGUGUUGAAUUUUUUUUUUAUUCCUCUCUGGUGGAGGAGAAUUCCUGAGUUCAUAAAUAAUAAAAUCUAUCCAAAGGC